UUGCGCUCUGUACUUGUGUCUGUGCCGUCGGUCCCAACGGACGUAUCUUGGGACGUAUUCUAUCCAUUUCGUCGUCGGUUUAGUGUUUCAUUCCCUAUCUGUAUCUUUACUGAACUCUGGUGUGUUGGGUUGUUUUACCUCGUCUGGUCUGUCAGUUUGUUCGUGCUGCUUUGUAUGCGCCGCGUUUUGAUUCUUGUCCAUUUUUGAUUCCGCUAGCUCUGGGCUGGAUUCUUUUUUGUGCAACAACCUAGCCCUGAUACCUGACAGUGUUUGUAGACUGUGAAUCGAUGUGGUGUUCUGAAAUGUUGUGUUAAAAAUUAAUGUCUCACAGUGUGCUGAUCUUGUUCAUGAGAAUUUAUAAUUGAAAAGUGGGUUGCUUUCUGUGAGGAAAGAGGCUCAAGUGUCCGGAAAAGUGAUAUGACCAUCGUUUGAAGGUAGUGCAAAAAAAACAGCAUGAAGCGAAAAUGAGCUGUCAAAGGGGAAAUUUCUUUUAUCAACAUAGCAGUCAUUGCUUGCGUCGUCAUGAAGCCCAAAAAUGAAUACCAACAACAGCAACAGCAUCAUCAGGUGUAAAUUUCGAUUCUAAUUUGAACUGCCAGUGUUCUUACUAAUCCAUUGGAAAUAAGUGAAGUCAUCGUCCGGAAAUUGGAAAUUAGUUUGAUAUUUUUACGGCCGUCAACGUUGAAGAUAAAACAAGAGAGACGCACUCAGCUCCUGGAUAAAGUGGCGUCCUGUACACCUCGAUAACACCAUUUGUACCCAACUGGCGUCAUACAACACAGCGUUUUGCCGUUACACACAAUCCGCAUCCUUCAAGGAAUGACCAUCGAAAUGGCCGGCCUUACGACGUCGGAGAUCUGCGAAAAUACCAAAUUGGCACGAGAGAUGGCCGUUAUGGGAAACUACGAUUCGGCCGGCAUCUACUACGAAGGAGUGCUACAAAUGUUGCGGAAGCUGCUGAUGGGUAUAUCCGAACCGAUUCGGAAAGGCAAAUGGACCAUGAUCCAGCAAGAAAUUAACAAGGAGUACUCCCAGAUGAAGCAGAUUCAGAAGAGUUUGACCGAAAUUACUAUGGACCUACAGAAUGCACCCCUCCAGGCUCGAAUCCGCACGCCAUUACACGAAACGGCCAACCGAGAUCCGGCCGCGUGGUUCCGAGCGGAUCCCGAUGUUUGGGUGCCGCCGAACCCGAACCGAGAUCCAGACGUUUGGGGACCUCCGCCCGAUAUGAACACAUCCCGCUCGAUUGCCUCCCGUAACCAAAGCCGAUCGAGCACCACUUUGAAUCGCAAGGCAGAAGUCAACAGGAAAAACGCCGUUACAAAAUCGGCCACCUCAACGGCCAUUUCCGGCAGAAAGACGGCGAGCUCCAAUUCAAGGACGAGUAACGGAAGAACUGGAACACUACCCAGGAGCAAAGCGAAACAAAACUCAAUCGAUACCGGUCCUGAGGGAAGCAAAGGAGAGAAGAUCGACAAGGAGAAAAAUGAUGACGACAAAGAGGAACAGGAAAACCAAGAGGAGCCCGAACGGAAAUUUGAACCGGCCAGUCAUUCUGAUGUGGAUCUAGUCGAUAUGCUGGAGAGAGAUAUUUUGCAGAAGAAUCCAAACAUACACUGGGACGAUAUAGCGGAUCUGCAUGAGGCCAAACGCCUGCUGGAGGAAGCCGUCGUGCUUCCCAUGUGGAUGCCAGACUAUUUCAAGGGCAUCCGAAGACCUUGGAAGGGAGUACUGAUGGUGGGACCACCAGGAACCGGUAAAACAAUGCUAGCCAAAGCGGUAGCAACCGAGUGCGGCACCACAUUCUUUAAUGUGUCUUCAUCUACGCUUACGUCCAAAUACCGGGGCGAAUCGGAAAAAUUAGUUAGGUUACUUUUCGAAAUGGCACGAUUCUAUGCCCCUAGCACCAUAUUUAUCGAUGAAAUCGAUUCGCUCUGCUCAAGGAGAGGAUCCGAAUCGGAGCACGAGGCCUCUCGUCGGGUCAAAUCCGAACUGCUAGUACAAAUGGACGGAGUUAGCAACGACGAGGCCACCAAAAUUGUCAUGGUCCUAGCGGCAACCAACUUCCCGUGGGAUAUUGAUGAGGCCCUUCGGCGACGUCUUGAAAAGCGUAUCUACAUCCCACUGCCAAACAAGGAAGGUCGAGAGGCACUGCUCAAAAUCAAUCUACGCGAGGUGAAGGUUGACGAAUCUGUAGACCUGACCACGAUCGCGACUCGCCUCGACGGCUACUCAGGGGCAGACAUAACGAACGUCUGCCGGGAUGCCAGUAUGAUGUCUAUGCGGCGGAAAAUUGCCGGGCUCAAACCGGAACAGAUUCGCCAGCUGGCCAAGGAGGAACUGGACCUGCCGGUUUCAACCCAAGAUUUUACCGAGGCGAUGGCCAAAUGCAACAAGUCCGUCUCGAAGGACGAUCUCAUGAAGUACCAACAAUGGAUGCGAGAGUUCGGUUCGUCGUGAUCCCAUCGGUGUGUUCCUCCGGGAAUGUCCGGACGAGAGAAUCGUGCAAUAGUGAUCGCUUGUGUCGUUCGCGUCGCCAUCAAAACUCAGUUUUAAACAAAUGUUUCAUUUUGUGCGUUUUAUUUUGUCUUUUUAAAAACGAAAUGUUUUAUUUUGUUUUUCUGUGAACAUAGUCGUUAAAAUUGUUCCAAUUUUGUAUUCUAACAUUCACACCUUAAAUGCAUGACUGAUAUCUGGAUUGUUUAAAUAUGUUUUAAAAUUUUCGUUAAGCGCGUUACUUUACGCUCAUUAUAAUUUUGCGACGGCACUAACACACACUCACUUUAACAAUCGAAUUUGUGAUUGAAUAAAAAUCGGUCUGUACGUUUAUUGCUACUUUUCUCACAAUAUGCUUGGUCAAUAAAAAAGGAUGAAGAUGUUUAAGGAUAAACAAUAUUUAAAACCUUCCUAGAAAACUACAAAAUAUCACUAGAAUUACUAAAAUAUUUGAUAAGAUUAAUUUUAUUAAUAAAUUUUAAAUUGUAA